AUGUACCAUGACCUCAAGAGGUACUAUCAUUGGGUCGGGAUGAAGAGGGAUGUAGCAGAUUGGGUUGCGAAGUGCAACACUUGUGCCUUGGUGAAGGCAGAGCAUCAGGUUCCGGGUGGUCUUUUGCAGAGUUUACCCAUUCCCGAGUGGAAGUGGGAUAGGAUUACGAUGGAUUUCGUGGUUGGACUACCUGUUUCAAGGACUUUCGAUGCUAUCUGGGUGAUUGUGGAUCGGUUGACUAAGUCUGCACAUUUCUUGGCCAUCAAGAAGACAGAUGGAGCUGCUGUCUUGGCUAGGAAGUUUGUGCGAGAGAUUGUGAGGCUGCAUGGAGUGCCAGCUAGUAUUGUGUCAGACCGUGAUCCCAGAUUCACUUCAGAGUUUUGGAGGGCGUUUCAGGCAGAGAUGGGCACUAAGGUGCAUCUGAGUACAGCUUAUCAUCCGCAGACAGAUGGUCAGUCAGAGAGGACUAUUCAGACUUUGGAGGAUUUGCUGAGGAUGUGUGUGUUGGAUUGGGGUGGCCAUUGGGCAGAUCACCUGAGCUUAGUUGAGUUUGCAUACAACAACAGCUUUCAGGCGAGUAUUGGCAUGGCUCCAUUUGAGGCUUUGUAUGGGAGGCCAUGUAGGACACCCCUAUGCUGGACCCAAGUGGGGGAGCGCAGCAUGUAUGGAGCUACUUAUGUUCAGGAGACGACAGAGAAGGUUCGUGUUGUGAGGCUGAACAUGAAGGAGGCUCAGGAUAGGCAGAAGAGUUAUGCAGAUAGACGCAGACGAGAGCUUGAGUUUCAGGUUGGAGAUAGAGUUUAUCUCAAGAUGGCUAUGUUGAGGGGUCCUAACAGAUCCAUAGCAGAGAACAAGCUGAGUCCGCGAUUUAUGGGUCCGUUUCCAGUAGUGGAGCGAGUUGGGCCAUUGGCUUACAGGCUGGAGUUGCCUGAGAUUAUGAAAGCCUUUCACAAGGUUUUUCAUGUGUCGAUGCUGAGGAAGUGUCUUCACCCUACAGAGGAGUUAGUGGCUAGGAUUCCAGAGGAUCUUCAGCCAGAUUUGACAGUGCCGGCAGUGCCUAUGAGGAUUUUAGAGAGGAGGGAAAAGGUUCUGAGGAACAAGAGGAUUCCCUUACUGAGGAUUUUGUGGGAUUGCAGUGGUUCUACAGAGGAGACUUGGGAGCCAGAGGCAAAGAUGAAGUUGAAGUUCAGGAAGUGGUUCGACAAGCAGGUCGAGGAGUGA